CAUGUCUUCCUCCAGCAGUCUCCUGUCUGAAGAUCAGCUCCAGUGCUCUGUCUGUCUGGAUGUGUUCACUGAUCCAGUCUCUACUCCAUGUGGACACAACUUCUGCAUGAUUCAAAUGGGAAAGACAGGCAGAAGUUCAACAGAUGAUCCAGGACCGACUGAAGAAGAUUGAGGAAAUCAAACACUCUGUUGGGCUCAAUAAAAAAAGCUCACAGAAGGAGAAAGCAGACAGUGUGGAGGUCUUCAGAUCUCUGGUGCGCUGCACUGAGAGAAGCCAGGCGGAGCUGCUUGAGGUGAUGGAGGAGAAGCAGAAAGCAGCAGAGAGGCAGGCUGAAGAGUUCAUUAAAGAGCUGGAGCAGGAAAUCACUGAGCUAAAGAGGAGAGACACUGAGCUGGAGCAGCUCUCCCACACUGAGGACCACCUCCACCUCCUACAGGUUUACCUGUCCCUCUGCAGCCCUCCGCUCACCAAGAACUGGACUGAGGUCAGGAUUAACACUCAUCUGAGGGUGGAGACUCUGAGGAGAGCUCUGUCUCAGCUUCAGGAAGAGCUCAGUAAGGAGAUGGAGAAGAUUCCUGAGAUCAAAAUGAAGAGAAUUCAACAAUAUGCAGUGGAUGUGACUCUGGAUCCUGAUUCAGCUCAUCCUGAACUCAUUCUGUCUGACGAUGGAAAACAAGUGAGACACAGAGACGAACAACAGAAUCUCCCUGACAAACCAGAGAGGUUUGAUCGUUGUCCCUGUGUUCUGGGAAAGGAGGGGUUCUCCUCAGGGAGGUUUUACUAUGAGGUUCAGGUCCGAGGAAAGACUGAGUGGGAUUUAGGAGUGACCACAGAGUCCAGUAACAGGAAGGGAGAGAUUAUAGCCAGUCCUGAGGAUGGAUACUGGACUGUGAUUCUGAGAAAUGAGACUGAAUAUAAAGCAGGAGAAUCUCCUCCUGUCUGCCUUUCCCUGAAACAGGCCCCGCAGAAGGUGGGGGUGUUUGUGGAUUAUGAGGAGGGUCUGGUCUCCUUCUAUGAUGUUGAGGCCAAUUCUCAUAUCUACUCUUUCACUGGUCAGUCUUUCACUGAGGAACUCUAUCCAUUAUUCAGUCCCUCCCUCAGUGAAGGAGGUAAAAACUCAGCGCCACUGAUCAUCACACCUGUUAAACCUUAGAAAUUUAGUUGAUUUUUCCCUCAUCAAACUUUUAUGUUGGGGGAAAAACUUGUAUUCUUUCAUUUGAAAUUCCAUCUAUCAGUAAAUCAUUGCAUGAGAAAAGUGAUAAAUGAAUAAAUAAACAAUUGAUUUACUGAAGCUGAGCAGGUCAGCAGUGUUGAAGUUAAAGUGCAGAAUAUCUGCUUUAAUUCAGUAGAUAAACCAUGUAGGAAUCACAGCCUUUUAUAUAUUCAUUAAAAAACAAUUAAAAUCAUGAAGUUCUUUUCAUUUAUAUGAUCAUCACGUCUAUUAAACAUGAUAAAUGAGAUUAUAUUCUCCCUUUAAAGCUUUUUAUGAGAAAACAUUUCAGAAUAAAAGUAUAUUUUUGAAAAUCCUAUAAUACAUUACAGAAUGAAAGAGUGAAUAAAUGAAUAAAGUAACAAACGAUAAACACAUGAAUCACUGAGGACGUUGUGUCAGUUAUACAAUUUACUCUUUAAAGAAAUGAAAAAAGGGAUGAAGUUAAAGUGCAGCUCUUUUUUAUUUGCCUUCAUUGUAUGUAAAUAUGGAGUUAUUAUUUUGUUUGUGAUACACGUCUGAGAUUUUACUACAGAUGUCAAUAAAAUUUAAAUAAAUAAAAUGUAAUUAUUCAGUCAAAUUGAUCAAAAUUAAGUAAAUUGUAUGUAAACUGAAACUGAUUGAGACAAUAAAUAAAACAGGGCUUCAUUCUUAUAAAGUAAGUUCAUGUUUUCCAUGU